AUGGAGCGAGCAGCAACGGAGGCUAAACGGCGCCGAAGGCGGGAAAGCGAGCCUAGUAGCGUCAAGGUAGCCAUGCCAAGCGAGAACGCAUCCGAGGUUAGCAGAAGCCGUGCUAUCGAACAAACAGAGCUAGGCAACCCGGACGGAGGCGAAUCCACGAGCCGGAGGAGGAAGGCACAAACUAAGCGGACAAACAAAGGAGGCGACGAAGCGAUAGCACCGAGUUAG